AUGCUCAAUCGUGGUCUUCGACUAAUGGAUGUUGAUGUUAUACUAAAAAUGGGCUUUUUUAUUCGCCAUCUACAUCAACAUAUUACAGACUUACAUCGCGAACAGCAAAAUAGCAAAGCAGCCAUGCCAUCAAAAUUUCAAGUUUUUCGUGGUCAAGGCUUAUCCAUGGAAGCCUUUGAAAAAAUGAAAAAAACCAAAGGUGGACUUAUGUCCUUUAAUAAUUUCUUAUCGACAAGUCGUAAUCGUGAUAUUUCUUUCAAAAGCUUUGCACGGCCAGCAGCAUUCGAUGCGAAUUCAGUUGGCAUCCUUUUCAUUAUGAGCAUCGAUACGGUCAUUUGCACAGCUUCGUCGACACCUUUCGUUAACGUGAAAAAUGUUGGCUUCUUCGACGAUAAAGAAGAAGAAAUUCUUUUUUCGACACAUACAAUUUUUCGCAUCGAUCGUAUAGAACCUAUUGAAGAUAAGCAUACAGAUCGUCUCUGGCAAGUCAAUCUCACCCUUGCUGGUAAUCAAGAUGACGAUUUUAACAAAUUAACAGCACAUUUACGCGAAGAUAUUGCAGGGACUACAGGAUGGUCUCGAUUCGGUGAUAUACUCAUUAGUGUGGGUAAGUUUGAAAAAGCAGGACAUCUCUAUGAAUUACUCCUUGAAAAAGCCUCUUCUGACAAAGAAAGAUCGGAAUACUAUUUUCAACUUGCUAGGGUGUACGAAGACAUGGGCGAAAAUUCGAAAGCACUUAAAUAUUACGGAAAAAACCUCGAAUUUAAACAAAAAACUCUCCCUCCGAAUCAUCCCAACUUGGCUACUUCCUACAACAACAUCGGUUUGGUGUAUUAUAACAUGGGCGAGUACUCGAAAGCACUUUCAUCACACGAACGAUCACUUGAAAUCCAAAAAACAGCUCUCCCUCCGAAUCAUCCCGACUUGGCUUCUUCCUACAACAACAUCGGUCUGGUGUAUUAUAACAUGGGCGAGUACUCGAAAGCACUUUCAUCGUACGAACGAUCACUUGAAAUCUGGAAAAUAGCUCUCCCUCCGAAUCAUCCCUCGUUGGCUGCUUCCUACAACAACAUCGGUUUGGUGUAUGAUGAAAUGGGCGAGUACUCGAAAGCACUUUCAUCGCACGAACGAUCACUUGAAAUUCGAAAAAUAGCUCUCCCUCCGAAUCAUCCCGACGUGGCUACUUCCUACCUCAAUAUCGGUGUAGUGUAUCAAAACAUGGACGAGUACUUGAAAGCACUUUCAUCGUAUGAACGAUCACUUGAAAUCCAAAAAAUAGCUCUCCCUCCGAAUCAUCCCGACUUGGCUACUUCCUACAACAACAUCGGUAUGGUGUAUGAUAACAUGGGCGAGUACUCCAAAGCACUUUCAUCGUAUGAACAAUCACUUGAAAUCCAAAAAAUAGCUCUCCCUCCGAAUCAUCCAGACUUGGCUCACUCUUACAACGGUAUCGGUGCAGUGUAUGAUAACAUGGGGGAGUACUCGAAAGCAUUUUCAUAUUGCGAAAAGGCGCAAGACAUAUGGAAAAAAUCACUACCUUCAAAUCAUCCACAUAUUGCACUUGUGAAACGAAACAUUGACAAAGUAAAAAAGAAAAUGUAA